GUGAAGGAAAGGAUGAAGGCCUUCCGAAAUUUGGUCAACGAUGCCAAAAAGGCCUUUGCCAAGAAGGACCAGCUGGCCAAGAAGAAGGCAAAGAACAAGUCCCUCGCCCCUGCCACAUCUGCCACCAGCACCUCGCAGGCCGGGGCAUCAGCUGACACAGCAAUCAGCCCGGAGAUGCUGGACUGUGUCUGCUGGAUGCGGCACGAGCUGUUGAAGGCAAACUGGUCGAAGUUUCGGCGAGGCAGCAACGGGGUGUGGUUCAAUCUGCAGGAGGAUUUGCUGGAGCAGAUGCCGGGCAAGGGCCCGGUGCUGAUCCCUGCCGAGCAAGUCACAGGCCUGCUCAAGAGUGUUCACGACCUGGUUUACUACCAGUCCCAGAAGCAGUGGUUAGGAGAGAAGAUGAAGACAGAUGGCAGAGGUGUAACCACUGCGGUGAUCGGACGAGAAGCAGUUGCGAAGCAAGUUUUCGGCUUCAUCAGCAAGAGCUUGCCGGUGGCAGUCGCUGACCGCCUUGGCCUUCCGGGGGAUGAAGAGCUGCUCGACCUGUGGAGGCCCAUGUUCUGCCAGUGCAUGGGCGGCCGUGUGGACACCAGCACGGCCUUCAGCCUGCCAGAGCUGACGGUGCAUCUCGAGGGGACGAGCGUUUUCUUCGCCGGCUACCGUGCCACCCAGGACACACAGCUCAGGGACCUCAAAGACCUCACGUCGGCAGAGUUCCUGGACCGCUGCGAGUGGUUUGCAAACUUGUCCGCCGGCCAGGGCAUCGUCCUGCCGCCAGGGAUGGUCUACAUCAUGAUCAACACGGAGCAUGACAUCGAGAAGGAGGGCAGCCCUGAAGGGCAGCCCGCCCACAUGCUGAAGAUGUUCGUGCUGACGAACAGCACCGCGAAGUAUGCAUCCAAAAACCUCUCAAAGCUGGUUUCCGAGCACCCGGAUCUCGGUGGCAAGAGAACAGGAAAGCUGCUUGCCCACUUCAUGAACGUGGUGGCGGACUAA